AUCAGCACUUGACCAAAGCGUGGCACGAGACCAAAUCGCUUCUGUUCGUAGCUGUUCGUGUGUUCUGUGCUUUUGUUUACACUCUGCAAGUGUGACACGAGACAGUGUGAACACAGUAGACAUUAAGAUUUAAACAAUACUGGCUUUGUAAAGUUCUCCUGACAGCUCAAUCGCGGAUCUCAUCAUAAGGAGCCGGGCAUCAUGAGGAUCUACAGGCGCAUGCAGAACUGGUGCCUCAUGAGCGGAUUGUGUGCUUUUGUGCUGCUGAAAGUGGGACUGACAGCUGACAUCUCCGCUCAUCACUCACCUGACGGGAGGCAACUAAAAAGUGUGCUCAACAAACUGGAAUACUACGACACCAUGGUACCGCUACUGCUGGAAGGAAAAGAGCAGCGACCAAUCAGCUGGCUCCGCUCCAGAACGCCUCCUGCUUCGCUGCGAAUCCUGAUCAAAGCAGAAGGACAACAGCUGAUUUUAACUGUGGAAAAGAACCACGGCCUCUUUGCCAGCCAUUACACUGAGACACAUUACAGGGAAGAUGGACAAGCUGUUAUGAGCACUCACAACUCUACGAUGAAUUGCUAUUACCACGGUGAAGUCCAAGGAUAUGCACACUCUGAUGUCAGCCUCAGUACAUGCACUGGUAUCAGAGGGUUUAUCUUACUUGAAAAUAAAACACUGAUGGUGGAGCCAGCUUUUGAGCCAGCGAAUGACACCCAUGUGAUUUAUGAAGGACAUCACCUACACUUCCUCUCCGGGACCUGUGGACAUGGACACAACAUAUCGACUGUCAGCUAUAUGAGCGCUGGAGGACUGCCACAAUCAUUCAGCACAAGGCAUAAACGGGAUGUUCAGAAGACCACCAAAUACGUGGAGCUCAUCAUUGUUGCAGAUAACAGGGAGUUCCAGAAACAAGGAAAAGAUGUGGAGAAGGUUAAGCAAAGGCUAGCAGAGAUUGCAAAUUACGUGGACAAGUUUUACAGAAUGCUGAACAUUCGUGUAGCUCUGGUGGGACUGGAGGUGUGGAGUGAUGUCGAUAAGUGUGCAGUUACCCAAGACCCCUUCACAACCCUGCAUGAGUUUUUGGACUGGAGAAAACUUAAACUACUGCCGCAGCAACCACAUGAUAACGCCCAGCUUAUUAGUGGGGUGCACUUCCAGGGCACCACAAUAGGCAUGGCUCCCAUCAUGAGUAUGUGUACCGCUGAGCAGUCAGGAGGCAUUGUUGUGGAUCACUCGGACAAUCCUCUGGGAGCUGCUGCGACUUUGGCACAUGAGCUAGGCCAUAACUUUGGAAUGAACCAUGACACACCAGAGCGAGGAUGUGGCUGUAGGAUGACCGUAGAUCGUGGCGGCUGCAUCAUGACCCCCUCUACAGGGUACCCAUUCCCCACUGUGUUCAGUACGUGUAGUAAGAAGGAUCUGGUGGCUAGUCUGGAGAAAGGAGUGGGCAUGUGUUUAUACAAUAUGCCUGAAGUCAAAUUGCUCUACGGAGGACAGAAAUGUGGCAACGGAUACAUUGAGGAAGGAGAGGAGUGUGACUGCGGAGAGACGGAGGAGUGUCUAAACCCCUGCUGUAAUGCUAAAACCUGCACUCUUAAGGGAGAUGCUGUAUGUGCCCAUGGUCAGUGCUGUGAAGACUGCCAGUUAAAACCAGCUGGGACUCCUUGUAGAGAGCCCAGUAACUCCUGUGACUUACCUGAGUUUUGCACCGGAACAAACCCCCAUUGCCCUGCCAAUGUUUACCUGCACGAUGGACACGCGUGCCACAAUAUGGAUGGUUACUGUUACAACGGCAUCUGUCAGACUCAUGAGCAGCAGUGCAUCACUCUGUGGGGACCAGGAGCGAAACCUGCCCCGGGAAUCUGUUUUGAAAGAGUAAACUCUGCAGGUGAUCCCUAUGGAAAUUGUGGAAAAGACUCCAAAGGUUCCUUUGCUAAAUGUCAAGCAAGGGAUGCUAGGUGUGGGAAAAUUCAGUGCCAAGGAGGUGCCUACAGUCCAGUGAUCGGAACCAAUGCAGUGUCAAUAGACACCACCAUACAUCCGCAGGAGGGUGGGAAUAUUCGGUGCCGUGGAACACACGUGUACCUUGGUGAUGAUAUGCCUGAUCCAGGACUGGUAUUGGCAGGCACAAAGUGUGCUGAGGGAAUGAUCUGUUUGAACAGGCAGUGUCAGAAUGUCAGUGUCUUUGGAGUGCACAAGUGCUCCAGGAAGUGUAAUGGAAGAGGGGAAUGCAACAACAAGAAGAACUGCCACUGUAAAGCCCACUGGGCACCUCCUUACUGUGAUAGGGCAGGAUUUGGCGGCAGCGUCGACAGUGGGCCAAUGAGACAAGCCGAUGUGCGAGUGUGUGUAUUAAUGUGCGUGCUGUCAUAUGUGACAAAAGCUGACAGUAGCACUGUGGCCGUGGGUGUGCUGGUCACCCUUCUUUGCUUGCUGUCUGUGGGACUGAUUGUGUGCCUGAAGAGGAAAUCACUGGUUCAAAUGCUCUGCAUCAAUAAGAAGAGUGCCAUUCAAAAGCUCAGAUCAGUAGGACAAAAACGAGCACACAGCCCCCCACAGACACAGUUAGUCUUCAGGGUCUCGCCUCAGCACAAGCCCACCUCUUUACCUUUGCACUCCUGCUGUGACAAGAUGUCUCAUCCCAGUUCAGAGCCUCUCCUUUCUCCACAUAACUUCUAUAGUUUGCAUCGGCUGCCUGAACGUCCCCCUCGCUGUCAGCCCGUCCACAUCAGCCACCCCAUGCCCAUCACAGGUCUGCAGCCUCUGCUCUCAGUCCCGCCUCACAGGACUCUAGUGUCCCACACACACUCACCAGGCAGAGCGGCAGUGUUUUACACCCUCCCUCACCAGCUGCCCUGCACUAACAUCCAGGACCAGGACAAGCCUAGUCCCCCGCAGAAACCACUUCCUGCAGACCCCUUGAUCAGAGGCCACGGGGUGGUUCGAAGCAUGUCCGUGGUGGGAGAGCGGAUACAUGGACCUUUAGCCGUCCCGAUUCCAACAGUACCACGACCACCCCCUGCCAUACCACUGCCAAACAGACCUCUUCCCAGAUUAUCACAGCCCUUUUGUGAUCAAUGACACAUGGACACCACAGCACUGGGUGAAUUUCACCAGCACCUAACACACUUGUUUGCACUAUGAAAACUGUUGGACCAAGUGACCACCCUUGCAGAAACUCCACGGAGGGUCUCACAGAGAAGAGGGCUGACCGAACACCUUGGUGCUGCGCCUCCUCAGAAAAGGUGUUUGUUUGUCCUCACUCAGGUACUGCAGAAGUAUUUAAGAUGUAUAUUUAUUGUGAGGAGGAAACUAUGUGCUGUGCUUGACACUUUUUUUUUUUACUGUAUGACCAUUUUUGUUUGUUUCUAAAAAUCUGAUUGAAAAUUAGGUGACAAAUCAUGUUUUCCAUUCUUAAGUGUUUAUUUCACUUCAUUUAUCUUAUUGUAAGACUUAUGUUGGUGUUGUGAAGAUAAAAAAAAAGACCUGCUUUAAAAUGAUGCAGCGUGUCUGGGAUACUGGAGUAUAAGCAACCUGAAAUCUGAAUGACUAAACACUGGAAUGGAAUGAGCAACUAAGUGCAAAAAAACCUGCACAAUUACUUGAAUGAGGCAUGUCAGGGAGAAGAAAAAUUAUGUGUGCCACGCUUAUGGGCUUUGACGAACCAUCUUUUUGUUAACUACAGUACCUUAAAAGUAUAUGUGCUUGAACAAAUGCAGUGCUGCAGUAUCUGCCAAAACAAGAUUCAUUACUACUAUUGCUACAACUUCAGCCCUUUUAACUUAUUUUCUACAAUAUUAAAGAAGAGAUGUGCUGGACAAUUAAACAGGCUAAAUAUACCUUAUUAUAUAAGUUAUAUUGACUAGGGGCAGAGCCAUAGCUAGACAGCAGAAUAUGCAUAGCAACUACAUAACAAAAUCCAGUGAGUAUUUAUAGUCCAAACACUUGAAAGGUUGUGAUGUUCCUUUUUCCAACGUGUUUUGAAACAUUCAGAGGAAUACCAGUGGCAAAACAGAAUAUGUAGUGACACCACAGACCUUAAAAUAUCACGGAGUCGCAGAUCAGCGUUCCCACUGAGCCAUCAGGAUCCGGCAGCUGUCAUGUCUGUGUCAUUACGGCCUUGUUGUGCAGUAUAAAAAUAAUUCUGUGAAAUAUCUUCCAAUGCUUGAGGUUAUAGAUGUUGAAUUUUCUGUACUAUAUUUCUUGUGUUAUUUUAGACAGUAUACACUACUAAUCAAAAGUUUAGGGUCAUUUAAUAUUUUUUUCAAGAGAAUUGCAGAAAUGUUUUCUUUUAAUCUUACUGACCCCAAAAUUUAGAAUGAUUUUAAAGUAGUCUUUUCAGCCAAAUAGUAAUUUUUCAUCAUUCUAAAAAACGUUUGACAUCAAAAUGAUGUAAAGUAAACAGGAUGUAAUAAAUAUCACUGCUGGUGUGUGUUAUCACAACUAUGGCAUUUUUACACAAGUGCUUCUCUCUUGCCCAUAACACAGCUCUCUUUAUGCACAGCUGGACUCAUAGUUAUUCCUAAAUGUAUGUGAUUGUUGUUCUGACCCUGAUGGGGGAAUUACAAUUCAGUUUUUCCACUUGAUUUUCCCGUGUUGUUGCUUUGGGAGUAUAACAAACCCAGCUGUCACAGUAUUUCAUUCAAGCCAAGCCUGUGUGUGUUUCUUUAUGUUCUUGUUUACCUAUUCACAGUAAUGUAUGUGCAUUUCAACUUUUUAUAUGCACUCAUGUGGAUGUAUUAAAUGCUAUUUUUUGACAGAUAAUCUGUCAGUCUGUCAAAUUUGAUGAUCAAUCAUCAGAGAAGACUGCUCAGUUUUUGCACUUGCUAUUGAAAUCAUUGUGUAACAGUUUUGUAUACUACAAAAUCCAGUUUUAUUUCUAUGAAUUACCAGUAGGAUAUUAAAAGGGAAAUGUGAAUGCCUUCAAACACAUAAAAAAUGAAACUGGAUACUGUUACUUCAAGGACUUGAACGAGAAUAAUAAAUGAGGAUAUUACUAUUGUGAAUUCAAUUUCAUUUUAUUUUACAGGGUCCACUACAGAAACAUAAAAGUUGUUUUUUAAUAACCCGAGGCUUUAAUGUAA